AUUGUUGUUCUUCCCCAUUACUGCCAGUGCACAGAGGUGAAUCUCCAUCAUCUUCAUAAACAUUUCAAGGACAUUACCCAAAAUUUAAAAGUUUAUCAAGUUGAGCAAUAUUAUUGAGUUGAGCAAUAUAGUGGCGCUCCCCUCUUCACUACCAUAGCUUCAGACACUGGUGGAGGCCUCUCUUCAUCAUCAUAGCAGCCAGUAGUGGAGGAGACAUCAUUCAGAGAUUCACCAUAGACAACAACAGCGCUAUGAAGAUUCUUGUGUUCUUAGUGGCAGUGUUCACUGUGUGCACAACACUGAGUCCAGGCCACAUCGAGAAUUUCGAGCAGACAGACAGUGGGUAUGGUUCUAUCCUGCUUGAGUGGGACUUCAUAGAGGGUGACGACCCACUGGUGAAGUACACCCUCGUUCUUCACGAGGACUUGUCUCUGGACAUCUACUGCCCUGAGAGUCACUGCUCUGCUCCUCUCAACGACCUUGAGGCUUGUGAGGGAGGACAGUUCGAGCUGACGCCUUACUUUGAUAACCCAGAGAAUGGCACAUACACUGGAGACAUAGCUACCACCGUUGCUUUUGCUGCUGAUGAAGUUCCUGGACCACCUGCUGAUUUCGUUGUCGGCAACAUCACAGGUCGCUUUAUAGAAUUUAUGUGGAACGGCCCUGUUGUAAACCCCAAGUGUGCUGCGGGGUAUGUCAUUUCAUGUGAUAUUAAUAUGAAACGGAUCAGUGAAGAUUCCCAUCAUGCAGCAGAGGACUACGAGUACGACAUGCUUUUGGGCCCCAAUGAUCCAUGCACCACUUACAUCUGUGAUGCUCUCUCCUUUGGCUUCUCUGGUGAAGAAAGUGAUGCAAUCAUUGUGAAUGUUACUACUGGAGAGCUAAUACCAAGCGCCCCGACAAACCUGAGGGUGGUACCAAGCGACCCCUUCCCAGUGAUCCUGGUAUGGGAUCCUCCCACUGACAACAAACAAUGUGUAGAUUUCUACAGAUUGUGCUCAACACUUGUGGGGACCCAGGACACUGUGUGCCAGACGGUAAAGGACACGCUCGCUGAGAUGACUUUUAUGGAGACUUGUGACACAUACGACGUGAGCGUAACACCCGUGACACUAUCUGGUGUCGAGGGACCUGCCUUAAACCAGACGGUCACCAUUACAACUGAUACUGUGACCUGCUCCCCGUUGUGACUCCUGAAGGCAGCAGCAGCAGCAGCAGCAGCAGCAGCAGCAGCAGCAGCAGCAGCAGCAGCAGCAGCAGCAACAGCAGCAGCAGCAGCAGCAGCAGCAGCAGCAGCAGCAACAACAGUCUCAACAUCUACACCACCACCAUCCUCCAGAGCCCGGCCCGUGAAUAAGUGAGCCCGACCCAUGAAUAACAAGUCAAGGUGCCCCUCGACCCACCUACGACUGCUGCUCAGUUUUUCUUGGGAAUAAAACAUUAGAGUCAUCAACGAGGACAAGAAGUAGCUGAUUGAUCAUCCUAUGGUAGAUUCCCAUCCCUUGACUGGUACCCCGUUCAAGCUACCUGUUUCAAUUGUACACCAUCCCAAUGACAGAAAAAGUGGACCUCGUACGAAACUCCCUCAGUAUCCCGAGAGUUUAAUGAGAAGGACUGCCACUACUUCCAUCACUGGGUAAUGUUUCAAGCGAACAUCCAUCGAUCGCUGCACCACUGAGUAUCUGACCUUCUGCGAAAGAACCAGGAGUGACUUGCUCCCAGAUGGUUACUGAUACCAUUGGUUUUAAGCUCAAAAUUACUACUGAUAUAGUCUGAAGGAGUGUUAGGCACAUUUCUUCAAUCUUGCUGCCAGGUCCUCACUGUUGUUCUUAGUCUUAACACCUGCCCUGUGAGAAAUCUUCACCCACCACCAUCAUCUCAACACAUCUGUAAUUACCACACGUCCCACAACACCCUACCAAUGACUGGACUUGCACGAAGAUUCAUCUAUUUCAAACUCAAGAAGUGAUUUCAUUUACAGUUAUAAAACACUGCUAUUUGGAUUUCACAUUAACAAUGAAGACUUCCCGCUAAUAUUGCUAACUACAAGGUAGUAAAUAAUUGAAUUAAAGAAGGGGUGUGUUAAAUAUAUUGCAAGGCAUUGUCAGAUAUCAUAAGAAAUAAACUAAAAAUCACCUUUGGUUUUAAAUGAUUUACGCAAAUAUUUAUAGCAUGCACGAGCAAUAAAACAAAUUUUGAUCAAUUGUGAGAUAAAUAUUAGCCAAGUAUGACUACACAUCCAUAAUCAUUAAUGAACAUCCUUGUGUUGAUAAGCACCAAAUGCUCGCAUAGAAAAAAGUAUUUAUAGAGUACAGCGUCCAUCUCUGCGUGUAACUUCAUUGUUCUCACUGACUUUUAUGGAGUAUUGUAGCUGCUGUCAAGACCUCCUCUUUUGUAACGGUAUUAAGAGAGAAAUAAAAAACUCUGAGUUGAAA